AUGUCGAAGCAGGCAGGGCCGGCAGGGUGGCGGCUUCGCUGCCGCGGACACAGGUCACCCCAGGCCGGCGCGGAGAGCGAGGAGCCCUCCUGGCCCGGAUUCACUCACCAACCCUCAGAGAGGCGAUGGGGUGCGUCGCUGCUCACCAAGCCCGGGGCACCAGCUGUGGAGAGGAGGAAGGCAGUGGCGCAGAAGGGGGAGCGCGCCAGGAGGAAACGCCUUUAUGGGAUGGCUUCAGCAGUUAAAACAGGCAUCGGGAACUUUCAGGCUAGUGUUGCGGACAUUUACCGGGGCUUGCAGGGAUUUAAUUCAUUCAAAAGGACUCAUAUCAUAUUGCAACAUUUGGGAAUGUCCAAACACACAGAUGCGGCAGAAGAGGUGCUAUUGGAAAGAAAAGGUUGUACAGGAGUGAUUACACUCAACAGACCCAAGUUCUUAAAUGCACUGAAUCUUAGUGUAAUUCGGCAGAUUUAUCCACAGUUAAAGAAGUGGGAACAAGAUCCUGAAACUUUCCUGAUCAUUAUAAAGGGAGCUGGAGAAAAGGCUUUCUGUGCUGGUGGUGAUAUCAAAGCACUUGCAGAAGCUAGAAAGGCAAAAGAGAAGCUCAUUCAAGAUUUCUUCAGAGAAGAAUACAUCCUGAACAGUGCCAUUGGUUCUUGCCAGAAACCAUAUGUUGCAUUUAUUCAUGGAAUUACAAUGGGUGGAGGAGUUGGUGUCUCAAUUCAUGGGCAAUUCCGAGUGGCUACUGAAAAGACUCUCUUUGCAAUGCCAGAAACAGCAAUUGGGCUAUUUCCUGAUGUGGGUGGAGGUUAUUUCUUGCCACGGCUUCAAGGAAAACUUGGUUAUUUCCUUGCAUUAACAGGAUUCAGACUAAAAGGAAGAGAUGUGCUCAAAGCAGGAAUUGCUACACACUUUGUAGAUUCUGGAAAGUUGGACAUGUUAGAGGAAGAUUUGUUGGCCUUGAAAUCUCCCUCAAAAGAAGAUAUUGCAGAUGUCUUAGAAACUUACCAGACAAAGUCCAAGAUUGAUGAAGACAAAUCUUUCAUAUUAGAGGAACACAUGGAUAAAAUAAACAGUUGGUUUUCAGCCAAUACGAUAGAACAGAUUAUUAAGAAUAUACAACAGGAUGAUUCAUCCUUUGCCCUAGAGCAGUUAAAGAUCAUUAAUAAAAUGUCUCCAACAUCCCUAAAGAUAACACUAAAGCAACUCAUAGAGGGGUCUUCAAAGACAUUGCAGGAGGUAUUAACUAUGGAAUAUCGGAUGAGUCAAGCUUGCAUGGAAGGUCAUGAUUUUCAGGAAGGCGUUAGAUCAGUUUUAAUAGAUAAAGACCAGAACCCGAAGUGGAAACCAGCUGAUCUAAAAGAAGUUACUGAUGAAGAUGUGAAUAAUCACUUUAAAUCUCUGGGAAGCAAUGAUCUGAAAUUUUGA